AUGGUCUCCGCUCCCGAUAUCACCCCUUCCGAUGCUGCCCUAAUCGUCGAUGUCUGCGCUGAUUCUCUUUCAGUUGCAAAGUUCUCUGAUCUCCUGCAAUCUCCCAACAUCGAGGGUCACAUAGUGCUGUAUUGGGCCAUUGUCAAUAAGCGGCAAGAAGCCUUUUUCAACUCACAACUAGGCCUUCUUUGUGCAGCUGGGUGUGAUUCCAAGGACGGGCAUUUGAGACGUUCUUUGAGUUAUUUUCCUGAUGAUGUUCAGGUGCAUGAAGGAGACGGAUCAGGCGAGAACCAGUUCAUUGCUUGUAUCUGCGUCAGGAUGUUUCGGAAAACGUCUGCACAUUACACGGGAUUUGAGCGUAGAAUUUGUUGCAGAGUCAUCGUUCCUGAUGUUGUGACGAUGUCGUCAACCCCUGCAAGACGUAUAUGGAUGUUGCGGGGCUUGAUGAGAGGUGGCGCAUUGGGCGUAGUCUUCCUCAACCUAGUUUUCCAGCGCGUCCAGACGCUAUACUUCUGA